CUGAUUUCUGUAUCAAGACUUGACGAUGCAAAGUGCUAUACUCUCUUUGGAAAUGGCAAAUGUGUUACCUUCGAAAAGGAUGACCAUGGAUGGAGAACAUCAUAUGUACCACCACUAAGCAGUCUUGACCGCCUCUAUCACCUCAAUGUUCCAGGAUCAUCUAGGGAUACCUCAUACAAUACAACAACUUCCCUGAAGCCAACAAAGCUACAGUCCUUGCAUGAAGCAUUGGGACACCUUGGUCAUUGCAAUAUCAAAGGCAUGGUUAUCAAGGGAAAUGUUUUGGGGAUAUGCCUUUCUACAAAGGAGUUGUCUGAGGAUCCAGGCAUUUGCGCUACAUGUGCACAAGGCAAGAGCAAGCAUGCUUCAUUCCCACCUAGGGGGAGCAGCUUAGCUAAAAAUAUACUUGACCUUGUUCAUUCAGAUCAAUGGGGACCUGCCCCGGUCCAGUCGUAUCAUGGAUACCGAUAUCUAUACACCUUUACUGAUGAC